ACAAGAAAAUGAAUUUGGGGAUUUGAAUGAACAAAGUGAAGAUAUUGCUGAAAAUUAUGACAAGCACCAAGAGUUAACCACCAAAACACAGGACUCUGAAGAUAUCUUUACCAAGCAAUCUAUCUCUAUUAUUACAGAGGAACCCAAACAACCAUGUCAACAUAGUCAAAGUCAUUUGUCACCCACUGGCCACUAUACUGGGCUAUUGUUACAGUUUGACUUUGCAUCAAAUGUAUCACGUCAGCAAUCCUUUGUUGUUCAUGAUUAUAAUGCAAACAAAAGAACAAUUAUGCAUAAUUCAUUUGUAUUUGUACAUCGAUAUCCCCACCUAUUGCUUGAUGGCUAUGGUUGGAUAUUGUGCUGCUCAUGUGAUGCAAAUAGAAAGCAAUUUGUUGAAGCCCUACCUAAUAAUAUACAAUUAGAUCCUCAAAAAGAAUCCACAUCCAUGAUGCAGUCUGUUUUCAGUGAUCAUUCCUACCAUGAGAUGCAACCUGAAGAAGCAAUGAGAAUGAUGCAAGCGAUUUUACUGAUCUUCCUGAAAAAAAUGGUCAUAAAAUUUUGGCGCCAUCUGAAAGUGGUAUUUGUUCUUGUGGUGCAGAGUGGGAUAAACGUUCUAUUCAAGAUGAAUGGUUGUACGUAGACUUGUGUUCAGUUGCGUACUUUUGUUCAAUCCAUGAUGUGAAGGUGUAUUGUAGACCUUGCUCCUCUUGUGCUACGAAAAGCAUUAUGAUGGCAUUGAAAACAGGAUUGUAUGGUUUGGA